CUUACGCAGUUGUUCGCCAGUGUUCAUUAGACCAAAGUCACUGCGGUACCUGAGCGGGCGCGCUGAUUCAAAUGACCGUAGGAAAAGUGUUUCUGUUGUAUUUUAUCCUCCACAUAGCAGCAGCUAAUGAUGUGAAAAGGUUCUACAAAGUUUCGAUGGUGGCGUCGUUAGAUAAUCCAGGGCACCCUGCGGUGUUUUUGCACGGCGAGAGCGCCGUGUGGGAUACCGAACAACAGUGCCUCUAUUUCGUAGACGUGGUUCAACAGAACGUCCAUAAACUCGAAUACAGCACCGGCAAGAUUCUAACCAAACAUAUCGCGUAUGGCGAGCCAAAUUUGGUGACAACAGUGGCAAAUUCAAAGAGGUUAAUCGUUUCGGUGCGGACGUCGCUUUACCUCUUGGACUUUAAUAGCAAAGGGGACUCAGCGCUGCGUCUUCUCACCACAGUAGAGAACGGCCAACCGGAUAACGUUAUAAAUGAAGGCAAAGCAGAUGUCGACGGGCGUUUCUUUUUUGGUACUAAAGGUCCACAAAACGCAGACGAUGUCCAACCAGAUCGGGCGGCCUUGUACAGUGUAACGCAGGACAGCCUAGACAACCCUCGUAUCAUCAUAAAGCCGGUUUCCAUUUCUAAUGGUCUUGUGUGGGCUCUCAACAACACGGUGUUUUAUUACAUCGACUCGUCAACGCAAAGGAUUGUGGCGUACGACUAUGAUACGCAAAAGGGGGAUAUUAGUGGGAGAAGGAUUAUAAUUGAGGUUGCGGCGUACGGAUAUGACGAAUCAAUCCCAGAUGGGAUGACCAUAGACAGUAAUGGCAACCUAUGGGUCGCGCUUAUGUUUGGAGGCACAGUACUGCACAUUAAUCCAGACGCCAGACACGUAAUCUUCGGGUACAAGUUACCAGUUUCUCGGACCACAUCGAUGGCGUGGGGUGGGCCAAACAUGGACGAGCUGUUCGUGACCACGUCCCGACUGCGCGUGGACCAGAAUGCGGAACCGCUCGCCGGGGCCAUAUUCACCAUUCGCGACACCGGACAUCACGGCAUGCCUCACAACUCUUUUAGAAUGGACAACGCCGACAGUUACUAA